AUGUCCUUCAAGUCAUUUCCCCAAUUAUCGGAGGACCAGGAAACUCAAUUGCAAGAGAAACUCUGUCAUUGGAGUUUGGCAAAUGGGUUAAUCAUGUAUCCCCCCCAAUUUAAAUCUUUUAGUAGCAAUGUGGCUCCAAUUACUUUAUAUCCAACCCCAUUUCCCAAGGCUGCGUUUGAGGAUGCUGUCAAGGUUGAGACGGUUUUCCAUGAGUUAUAUAUCAAUGCUAUAGCCAACAAUAAAGAAUGGCUAAAGGAAAUUUUGCAAGACUUAUCGAAACACGAUAAGGAUUUCACUGGGAAAUUGUAUGAAACUUAUACUAAAGCAUUGGAAUUGAAUGGUGGUAAGAUCUUACAACCUUUAUCUCUUGGGUUAUUCAGAUCAGAUUAUAUGUUGGAUAAUGAUCGUAUUAAGCAAGUGGAAUUCAAUACUAUUAGUGUUUCCUUUGGAGGCUUAUCUACCAAGGUUGGGCAAUUGCAUGAUUUUCUUAAUAAAUCUGGAGCGUAUGAUUCGAAAUACUCUUACGAAUAUUAUGAUAGAGGCGAAGUAGGAGUAUCUGAUUCUGUCAAUAAAUUGGCUGAGGGGUUGGCUGAUGGUGACAAAUUCUACUCACAACAACAAGGUAAUUCAAAGAAUGGAGUGGUUUUAUUUAUUGUUCAAAAUGGUGAGCGGAAUGUUUUCGAUCAGAAACAUGUGGAAUUUGCCUUAUUGAAUAAUCACGGUAUCAAAUCCAUAAGAAUGUCAUUGGAAGAAGUACAAUUUUUAACUACUGUUCGGGAUAACAAAUUAUAUAUUAAGCAGUCCAUGGAUGAAGUAUCUGUUGUAUAUUAUAGAUCAGCAUAUUCUCCGAAUGACUACGCUUCAAAUCCAGAUCUUACUUGGGGUGCACGGUUAUAUUUGGAGAAUACCUUGGCCAUCAAAUGUCCUUCAGUUUUGACCCAAUUAUCUGGAGCCAAAAAAAUUCAACAGAUAUUGUCCACUAAGGACGUUAUAAAUACAAUUGCCCCCUCUAUUGAAGGUGAGGAUUUGAAGAGAUUGGUAAGUACAUUUGUUGGGAUUCUUCCAUUAGAUGAUACUGAUGAAGGUAAAGCUGCCAUUGAGUUGGCUUUCAAAGAACCUCAUCGAUUUGUAUUGAAGCCUCAAAGAGAAGGCGGUGGUAACAAUAUAUAUAAAGAAGAUAUUCCUGACUUUUUGAAUUCAAUUGAUAAGGAAGAAUGGGGUGGAUACAUUUUGAUGGAGUUGAUAAAUGCCCCUACUCAUAAAAGUAAGAUUAUUAGAAAUGAUGAAUUGAUACAUGAAGAUAUUAUUUCCGAAUUGGGUAUAUUUGGUACCACAGUAUUCAAUGAAGAUACUGGUGAAACAUUAUCCAAUAAAUAUGCUGGUCAUCUUUUAAGAUCAAAAGUUAGUUCAUCUAAUGAAGGAGGAGUUGCUGCUGGUUUUGGAUGUGUUGAUAAUAUUUAUUUAUAUUGA